AUGGCUGACUUUAGGAGACAGGAAUUUGAAGAUGAAGCAGCUGAUAUCAAUGAAAUUGAUGAUGGGCUGAUGGCAGGCAUUUAUAGUGUGUUAUCACGAGAUAAAGAUUUGUCACAUUCAGGGUCCUCGAGUGUCAAGAGAUUGGAAUUGGAAUCAAGUGUUUCAUAUUCUCAGUCUGAACUUUUCGACAAAGAUAUGACACCCGCACCUUCAUUACAAAGAAAAGGACGAGAUUGUAGCACGCAAAAACGUGGACUUCACUAUCAUUGUAAUACUUGGUAG